AUUUGAGAUAAGAGAAAAAUAAACCUCUGCCUGUGUAAUUCAGACCGGAGUGUAUUUCGAAAUUCUUCCUUGACAUUUUAACAUCUUCUCAAUCGUGCAAUUAAAUAUAUAGAGUGUGCCUGUUAAUUACUGAGGAAAGAAGGGCUUGGGUGCAGAUAAUCAUUUAACCCUACAAUUUUGUGAAUUGCAAUACGAAGUUGAAAACUUUAUAGGCUCGUAGCUCAAUCAAGAUCAGAAGCAACUGGUAACCAGCCAACCAUUUGAUACUUCGAUUGCAUUUUCAGCCAAGACGAUGGCUUCAGAGAUCAAGGCACUAAUUUUUCUUAGAGGCAUGUUGGAAGCUCCUUAAGACAAAACGAUUUUAGUAACAUUGUGAAUUAGACAAUUUUGACAUGCUUGAAUGUCCUAAUUUUGAUGGCACAAUCAUUACUAGCGGUUAUACAUAAGGCUGCCUUAAGACUGACUUCCCACAGAAAAUUUGACUUCAUCUGCAAAAUGAAGAUGCUUGAAGUUUUGGAUGCAUAUAAUUUCGUUCCCCGAGGAUUUUCUUCUAUUGGCAUUAAGCGGGAGAAAUUAUACCAGGAAGAAUCAUCUCGCUUGAUUUUGCUAGGAAAGCUUGAAAACUCUCUGAGAGAACACCUAGUGGAUAAGGCUUGGGAAACUUAUAAGGAGUUCAAGCGCCUCCAUGGUUUCCCGAGCCAGUAUCUUGUAGCUGGGCUGAUAACUGAGUUAUCUUAUUCAUCUGAUUCAAAAUGCCUUCGUAAGGCAUGUGAUCUCGUUCUUUCAAUUUCAAUAGAGAAACCAGGAAUACUUGAGCCCGACUUAAUGACUAAGCUCACCCUUUCCUCAGCGAGGGCUCAAAUUCCUGUUCCAGCAUCAACCGUACUUAGACUAAUGCUAGAGAAGAGGAGUUUGCCCUCUCUUGAUAUAUUGGAAAUCAUCUUUUUACAUAUGGCGAAGACAGAGAUUGGGACGUAUUUAGCAUCAAAUAUCUUGAUCGAAAUCUGCGAUUGUUUUCUGAAUAAAAAUGCCCAUAAAUCAGCUCACAAAGAGUUGAAAAAGCCUGACACUAUGAUCUUUAACCUUGUUCUAGAUGCUUGUGUAAGAUUUGGAGCAUCUUUGAAGGGUCAGCAAAUUAUAGAGUUGAUGGCACAAGUAGGAGUUGUAGCCGACGCUCACACCGCUACAAUUAUUGCUCGAAUCCAUGAAAUCAAUGCCAUGAGGGACGAGUUAAAGAAAUUUAAAGAUUAUAUAGAUCGGGUUCCAAUUACUUUAGUUUGUCACUAUCAGCACUUUUAUGAUUGUAUGCUAAGCUUGCAUUUCAGAUUCAGUGAUAUAGAUGCUGCAUCCGAACUCGUACUGGACUUGUGUAGAUAUUACGAGUCAAAUUUGUUUCAAGGGGGAAAGAGGGAACCACAAAUAUCAUGUACUGUGUCCAUUGGAUCUCACAACAUGAGGACGGGAUUGACAUUGCACUUUUUAUCCCGACAAUUACAGAAAGAUUCUAUUUGUAAAGUGGACAGCAAGCCAGGGCUAGUUGUGUUCAAGAACGGGAAAUUUUUUGUGAGCAACAAAGCUCUGGCCAAACUGAUUGUAGGAUACAAGAGAUGUGGGAGGAUUGGCAAGCUCUCGAAGCUUCUCAUUAGCAUUCAGAAUAACUGUAGUUCAUUAGAAUAUAACAGUCUGUGUUCCAGUGUGAUUGAUGCUUGUAUUCAUUUGGGAUGGCUACAGACUGCACAUGACAUUUUGGAUGACUUUGAAUUAAUGGGAUAUCCCAUCAGUGAAAGUUCAUAUAUGUCCCUUUUGGCUGCUUAUUCCAACAUGAAGAUGUUUAGGGAAGCAGAAGCACUGAUAAAACAAAUGAGGAGAACUGGCCUUCUUUUAAAUAUUCCCCCCAAGGUGGCUUUCUCCUCAUAUAUUUAUGAAUCUGAAGCUGGAAUGGUGUAUCUGAAAAAUCUAACGUCAACUACUAAAUCAAAUUUAGCUGAUGUCGUUAGAAAUAUUAGAGAAGAGGAGAAAGUGUGUCCUUCUUCGGUUCACGAGUACAAUUCCUCGAUCUACUUCUUCACAAAGGCCAAAAUGAUUGGAGAUGCCUUGAAGACAUAUCAAAAAAUGAAAGAGAUGAAAAUCCAGCCUACCAUGUGUACUUUCUUCCAUCUGAUUUGUGGAUAUGCUUCUUUGGGAAUGUACCGUGAUAUCACAAUCUUAUGGGGGGAUAUUAAGAGGAGCAUGGAGAAUCAGGAUACAAUAUACCACAGAGAUUUGUAUGAAUUGUUGCUGUUAAAUUUUCUCCGAGGUGGUUAUUUUGAGAGGGUUAUGGAAGUAAUUGGCAUUAUGAUGGAGAAUGGUAUGUACCUGGAUAAAUGGAGUUAUAAAACUGAGUUCUUAAAGUUCCACAGAGAUCUUUAUAGGGGCUUAACUGUGUCUGAUGCUAGAAAUGAGGUUCAGUCGAAGAGGAUUGAGUUUGUCGGGGCAUUUAGGAAGUGGGUUGGAAUUGGUUGAAAUUCAGUGGAAAACUUUUCUAGAAAGAUUGCUCUCAUAUGAUUGAUAUCCUUGUCCAAUAAGAUGUCAUCCAAAGCACUUGUGUUUGUACCCGAGCUCGAGGUAGAAUGGCCCCAGAGACCUGAUGCCCCUCCAUCUCCAGCACGCAGCACUGGUAUGUCAAAAAUGCUUCAGUCUUUGUUCUUCGUUGAUCCCUCCUGGUGACAUGGUCCUUUAUUUCCCAUCAUCAUGGUGAACAAAGUCGAAGAAAGUUUCAAUAUGAUCAAUGCUAGAGAAAUGCUGCUUGCUGCUUAUUUGUUUACAAAUGACAAAAUGCUAAAGGAGGAGUUUGUACAAAGUGUCUCAGCAGGGGUUUUGUCCAUUAAUGGAGCGACUCUGCACUUAAGUGUUCUCCUUUGAGUUACAAUCCUUGCUUCUUUUUGUUUUUUAUUUAUUUAUUUUUAUUUUUUAUUUUUUUUAAUAUGCUUGAAGACAUGCCAAUAUAUUGUGUAUAUUCUUGCAUGUAUACUUGCAUUGCACAAUUUGCAGUACUUUCAAUGUUUUAGCGACGGUUGAUUAGUUUAUCAAAAAGCAAAAAUAUUCAACUCUCAAUUAGUCGUUUGGAGGCGUAGGGAAUGGGAUCAUACCAUGGGAAAUACUCUCUUCACUUUUGCUGGGAAGCAGCUGGAAACUGUGAUUUCUCAAGGCAUUUAUAUUGAAAUAAACUUGGCAUUUUCUGAGCU